AAGCAUCAUUCUUCAGUGUAUCUAACAAAGAACCAACUUUUAUGAAUUUGGAUGUCUACAGUAACAAGUUCCCAGCGUUUCAGCUCAUAAUUACUCUGUUUCAGCCUAUGUUUUAAAGUUGCUUAUCUUGAAACUUGAUGUUGUGUGAAGUUACAAGGAUAUAUUUGUUAUGUAGUAUCUUUCAUACAAUCAACCUUUGAGAGUAGGUGGAUAUUACUCAUUCUAAUACAAGGCCACAACAAACUCUAAAAUUAAAUUACCAUCGGAUGUAACAGCUUAAUACUUCUCUCAUGUGUAUGCUUAAUACAGACACUGAAUAAACCAGCCUAAAUGUGGAUAACACAUGCAACGAUCGUAAACAGGGUGACAAACAAUUUAUCUUCCUGUAAGAAAUGCAUGUUUAUGAGAACCUUGGUUUGAGAAAUGGUUUUCCAUAUUUUGGUAAUAAUUUCUUGUGUGAUUUUUUUUUUCACAAAUCACAAUCAAAGAAACACACCUUGACUGAUGCCAUUCUUCUAGUUGAAGCGAUUAGAUGCAUACAUCUUUUUUCUUUCUGGAAGUAUCAAAUGAUAUCAUUUACUGUAUGAAUAGCUUGUUUGGUGGAUAUUUGUUGGUAAAAGUCGGUGUUUAAUUAUUAUGGUGACUUACAGAGGGGAUGGAUCAUCAGAGGUGCAGCUAGGCCAGACUCUUGUUAUGGGCAUUGUUACUGCUCAAUUGGUUCAGCCUUAUAAAGAUCGGCCUAAGGAAGGGAUGCUUUCAAUCAUCACAGAAUUUUCUCCAAUGGCUGAUCCUUCAUUUGAGCCAGGUCGUCCUGGAGAAUUGGCUGUGGAGUUGGGACGUAUAAUUGACCGUGGUCUAAGGGAUGUGACGAGGGUCUGUCCUGACAUUUUAAGGGCCCUAGACAAAAUAAAAAUAAGGCCCCUAAAAAUUAACUUGGGGCCCUAGUGUAUAGUAGAGCAUGAGGCCUGGGUGCUUCGUCUGGUUCAGCUUCACUAUCACCAUCUUCCAGCAUUUCACCCUCAGUUUCUUGUCAAUGGAUUUGCUUAAAAGCUGAAAAUAUUUUCAAAAAUGGGCCCCUCCAAACCAGGGCCCUAGGCGGUCGCCCCCCUCGCUUACCCUCAGGGUCGGGGCUGGAUGUGGUGGAACUUAGAUUCUGGUUUUUGACUGUGUUGUUCUUAUUCAAAUAAAGGUAAUUGAAGGUUUAUAGUUGUC